AUGUCUUUUCGUUCUUUUCGUCUAACUAAAGAUUCUCUGUUACCGUUUACCAAGUCGCCAACGCCGUCAUGGCAUUGCGCAGAAGAUUCGCGUUCUCCGAGACGUCGAUUACGUGAAGGCAUCGACCCAGAACGCCCAGACUUGGACUUCACAUGGGCUUACAAAGUUCCAGCACCGUUACUGAUGGGUCAAGCACAGUCUCAAAAAUUGGGACGAAGUGCGCAUCGGAAUAAUGACGUGGCUAAAAACUCUUCUCAAGGAGAAUAUCGAGGUUCCGAGCGAUACUUUGCAAGAGAAAGCAGAGGACGUUCGCAGACUCCAAAAGAGCUCAAUGUCGAGGUUUACACACAUACAAGUGUGAAAGAACCCACUGUGACAUCGUUUGCGCAAGAUUCGCAUGGUCAAGCCACAGAAGCUGAUCAAGAAAUUCAAUCUGUCGAUGAAUUGGCAAAGCGAGACAAAAGAAUCUCGGCUCUUGAGAAUGAAAAUGCCAUCUUGAGAUCAAAGCUUCGUGAGCUCUCAGCAAUGCUUCGCAAUACGAUUACGACUCUUACAGAAGAGGAUGAAUCUUUGGGGAGAAUUUUGAAUCAAGCAGCACCCAUGGAUUCAGCCCCAGUGAGAUCCGGACCUGGCCCAGAAAGCUAUGUUCGGAACCCUGCUGCAUAUUCAAUGGGUCCCAUUCAAGCGGCAUCGAAAAUGCCUAUGAUAGGUGAAUCUUCUGCAAACAAGAGAAGUUAUGCUGAAUUUUCCGAACCGUGUCAAGAUGGCUACACGGAACCGCGGUCAAAUACUAUGGCUGCAAGGUCCCUGAAUUCCAUGACUCCUAGUUCGGCAUCUGAAGUCGGCACGAAAGGCAGAUCUUUUGCAAGAAAGAAACUCUACGACGGACUCAACGAAGCAGACCAAAGAAGAUCUGUGAGUUCGUGGCAAAACUUUGUAAUGGCAAGGUCUGCAAUCAUGAGUAAAUUGAUACCGACCGUCAGAAUUGACAAUGCUGCCAUGUUCCAAGAGAUAUGCGAAUGCUUUUUGACAGGUCGCUCCACCAAUAAAUUCCAUGAGUUUUCCAAAAAGGAUCACCGGGAUUGGCAAUGUCUGAGAACAUAUCUUUCUCAUAGUUUGUUCUGGAGCAAGAUUGAUGACUACACUGGUAGAUGUUCAAUUUGCACAAAUGCAGAUGAACCAUCGACCAAGAGAUGUGUGCAAGUCAUGGCCUUGGGUGGGGUGGUUAGGUUUCGUAUACUAGAUACUGCCUACAUGUAG